AUGCAGAGUGUCAUAGAAUCAGAAUGCAAGACUCCAAAGAUUGUUUAUGAAGCGAAACUGGUGGCUGGGGAGAGUCCUAACGGAAGAAAAAACAACUCAGAUUCUGACUCAACUGGAUAUCCAAACAUCAUUAACUACCAAAAGUUUUCAUCAUUUAUAAACCUUAUUCGAGUUUUAGCAUGGACUCUUAGGUUUAUCAAAAGAGUCAAGAAAAUUCCAAUGUCUUGGAGUCAUCUAACUUACUCAGAACUACAGAAUGCUAAAAUUCUUGUGAUAAAGAGUAUCCAAGCUCAAAACUAUGGUGAUAUCAAAACAGCACUCAAAGACAAGAAAAGAAAUAAUCUAAUUAGUCAAUUAGGAGUUGUAUUGGAUCAGGAAGGAAUCAUCUGUGUUGGAAGACUCAAGGAUGCUCAGCUGUCAGAAGGAGCAAGAACUCCCAUCCUCCUUCCAAGAAAGAACCAUGUGACGGGGCUAAUUAUUGAAUACAUCCAUAAAAAACCAUUUCAUGUCGGAGUCUCCCAAACACUGUCAUUGGUUUGUCAAGAUUACUGGAUUCCAAAGGGAAGAGCAGAAGUAAAACGAAUACUUCAUAAAUGCACAAUCUGUAAGCGGUUUGAUGGUGGUCCUUACAAGAUGCCACUGAUGCCUGCACUACCAAAGAAACGUGUGAGUGAAUCAGCACCAUUUACAUACAUGGGAGUGGAUUACUUUGGACCAAUCUUCAUCAAAACAGAAACUGGCAAUAAAAAGGUAUGGGUCUCUCUAUUUACCUGCUUGGUAGUAAGGGCCAUACAUCUUGAACUCAUGCAGGAUAUGUCCACAGAACAGUUUCUACUAGGACUAAGGAGAUUUAUUGCGCGUUGGGACAAGCCAAAACAAAUUAUCUCUGAUAAUGGUGCUCAAUUCAAACAUGCAAGCCUGCUUUUGGAUAAGAGUUGGGAAAGAGUUACGUCUGAUAGUGAUGUCCAAAGUUAUAUUGCAAAUGAAGAGAUUCAGUGGCAAUUUAUUGUAGAACUGGCACCAUGGAUGGGAGGAUUUUAUGAACGUCUGGUUGGUUUUGUCAAACGAUGCUUAAGAAAAACUAUAGGAAAACUCUGUUUAACAAAUGAGCAAAUGAGAACGAUGCUUGCAGAAGCUGAGGCAGUCGUGAAUUCUAGGCCCUUAGUCUAUAUUGGAGACGAUAUUAAUUCAAACAUCACCCUAACUCCAGCGCAUUUCCUCACUUUGAAUCCAAAAAUAGGAUUUCAAGAUAGUGAAAAUUUUGAUCCCAUGGACCCAGACUAUGUACCUGUUGCAAGCUCUGUAAACACUUUAUUGGCAAUUUGGAAGAAAGGUCAACGACUUUUAGAUACAUUCUGGAAGACAUGGAGAGAUGAGUAUCUUUUAAAUCUAAGAGAAAGAACAUCCUAUAAAUUAAAAGGAAAACGGAUUCAAGACAACAGGCCGGUACAAAUUGGUGAUUUUGUCCUCAUCAAAGAAGAUCUCCCUAGAGGAAGCUGGAAGAUUGGAAGAAUUUGCGAUUUGACAAUGAGUCAAGAUGGACAAUACAGGUCCGGAAAGGUAAUGUUACCUAACAAAAGAACAUUAAACCGACCGUUAAAUUUACUUUAUCCCAUAGAAUGCACCGAUAAAUCUGACCUUGGUGAUAGUGAUAUGACAAAGGAAGAGCCAGCAGUCGAUGGUAUUCCUCCGUUACCUAGAGCAAAAAGACAGGCCGCUGAAAGAGCGACAAAACUGAUAAAGGAACAAUUAAAUUAA